AUGAACAAACACCCCAGACACACAGCAUUCAGGUCUUCACAAGAUCUCAUAGACCUUCGAACCCAAUUAUUCCAUUCCAAUACCCAAGAUCAAAAAAGAGCCAUACAAAGAAUUUUAUCAUUAGAAACAAGAACAAAAUUACCACAUUUAUUACAAUCAACUGCAUAUUUAUUACAAACCAAGAAUUCAUUCAUACAAAAUGAUGAUUCACAAAAUGAAACGGUAUUACAAUUAAGUUCCACAAUGUGUUUAAUCAGAUUUGUUAAUGGAUUAUUAGAUCCUUCACAACAAAGUACAUUUGCAAUACCAUUAAAUUUAUUAGCUAAAAAAAUUGGAUUACCAAAUUGGUUUGUUGAAUUAAGACAUUCAGGGACUCAUGAAUCUCUUCCAAGUCUGGAGAUGUUAGAGAUUGGUAUUAAUGGAGCUCUCGAUUGGAUUCAAUUGAAUUAUUGGGAUAAAAUUGAAAUAAAAGAUGAUUUAUUAGAUGAAGAAGAAGAUUUAGAAAAUGAUGUUGAUUAUAAAGAUUUAAUAAGAAAAUAUAGAAGGAUAAGGAGAAUGGAUAUUAAUAAGUUUAUUAAGUUUGGAGAUUCAAGUGAAGAAGGUAAAGAAUAUUGGAAAAUUGUUAAAUUAUUAGAAAAAGGAAUUGAAAAUAAGAAAUUUUACAAAGUUUUAAUGUUUCAAAAUUGUAUUAUUAAUGAGAAAUAUAAAUGGGAACAAUUGAGAUUAUUAUUUGAACCAUUAUUUUUAUAUUUAAUUAAAUCAAAUGAUCAAUUUUCAUGGAAAUUAUUAGAUAAAUUAAUUUUUAAAAAAUAUGAAUAUGAAAAAUUUGAAAAAAUUUUGAAAGAAGAAGAAACUAAUGAAGAACAAUAUAAUUCAAAUGAAAUGAAACAAGUAACUAAAUGGAUUAUAUGGAUAGUGGAACAUUUACAAGACCAACAAAUCUCUAAAUCAAUUGAAAUCAUAAGUAAAAUUAAUCAUGGUUUCAAUAUUGAAAUUCUACAAAAAAUUAAUGAGAAACAUGGUCAACAAAAUCAUGAAUUAAAAGAAUUAAUAAACAUGAAGAUCAACAGUAUUGAAAAUUCAUUAAAUAAAACCGCUCAGGCUAAAAUUAAUUCAAGACUAGUUACAGAGAUUGAUGAUGUAUUUGCAGAUUUAGAAAAUUUAAAGAAAAAAGCUAAAUUAGUCAAGACAUAUCCAAUUAAGAAUUUUGAACCAUAUCCAAAUUGGAAACCAAAACCAUUUGGUGUAUUAUAA